AUGGCGGGUUUAGGGCCUGGCAUGGCGGUUCGUCUGAACCCCCACCACGAACAAUCCAUCGUGACGCCCUGUUCCAUCCACGAUGUAAAUUGUAUCCGAGGGUUCUUUGCCUACAACACCCAAUGUUCCAUCACCGGAGGAUCAGCACCAGAUCCCUACAUACCUGACAAGAUCUACUUACCCACACCACAUGCGAAUCUUACGUUUACUUUGAACAAUCCGCGAAUUAAAGGCCUUAAUAAUUGGAAGAUAAAGGAGUUUUAUAUCAACAAAGCUACAGGCGUGUUAGUGAUGGAAGUGGAGUUCAGCAGUAUUGUGGUGCAAACUCCUAAAUGUGUCGUCACGUACUAUCGCAAGGGCAAGGAGUCAUUAGAAACAGCUGAUUUCACGGAAAUUGAAUACAAAGACCUAUCUAUGACCUUGUCAAUCCCUGACCUCAAAGAUCCUCAGCUGUCAGGAGCCCAUGUGUACACGUAUGUAGCUGACGGUAAACCGAAGUAUACGCUUGGACCUGGUAUCUAUAAGACUAAAGAUCCGGGAUUUCAGAGGGCACUCAUUGACGUAGAAUCUAAGGUGGACAUAAGUCUUGUGGAAAUCUUCGUAACGCAGGGUCCGAUAUUCUUUUCCAAGUUCUUCCAGAGCUCUAUAUGUGAUAUUGCACACUACUGA